GCCGCGAACUACUCCACGACCGACACGACCGAUUCAUCCUCCACCACCACGAAGCUCCCACACGACUAUUCACAAGACGGCCUAAUUGCAAGACACGAUCGCCGCCCGAAGCUCUCAACGGAACUCACAAGGAAAUACCAAAGGAAUACAUUUGCACCCCCGGCGGGGCCGUCUAUACCCAGCUCCGACUUCGAUACCCGUCCGAAACAAGUAAACCACAGCCCACCUACCAACGAUCUUCAAGAUGCCGACCGCCGGCCUCAAGACCAUCAUUGCACUUUCCUUCGUCCUCGCCGUCGGAUUCCUCCUCGUCAUUCUCUCCUGCGCCCUCUGGAAGGUCUACUACCCGCUUCUCGUCGUCGCUACCUACGUGCUGGCCCCGAUCCCCAACUGGGUCUGCUCGCGAUGCACCAACCCUGAUGACUUUGGCGAGGGUUCCGGCUCCGCCGUGCUGGACCUCGGCCGCUUCUGCACCGGUUUUAUGGUGGUUAUGGGAAUUGCCCUGCCCGUCGUUCUCGCCCACUCCGAUCUCAUCCAGGUUGAGGCCAUGGUCAUGUCGAUAAUCGGCGGUCUCCUCAUUUACGGAACCAUCAUCAGCUUCGGCAUGUUCUUUCAGGAGGAGCAGGACUUCUGACUAGCGUCGGGCGCAACGACUGGGGACAAUUGAUACAGCUGUGAGUAGGCGAAGGGGAAGUAGUGUCAGCAGAAGCAGCAGCACCAGAAGAAGAAGAAGCACCAGAAGCACCAGAAGCAGUGAUGGAGGGCAUACGUAUUUGAACCAAAUUGGCGGCAGACGUGUACAGUACGACGAGACGAGGUCGGAAACCAUUGUGGCGCUCGGGUUCGGGAAUCCGGCAAAGUGGGAUUUGGAACGGGGUGCGCUUUACUUGGAGGCUUCACAUGUAUAUCCAGCAUCAUUCCGUCAGGCGGGCGUUUCCUCUUUCUUUCUCGUUUGUUAUGCAACGACAAAACCAUCUAAUUCCCAUUGACCAAUUGCGGAAAGCUGAUAUUGCAAACAUGGAUUAUU